AUGGCAGAUGAUUAUUUAGUGGCUACGAACAUUUUGGGUGAAGAAUCAUCUGAUUGGAAAAAACUUUGCCAAAAUCGUAAGGUGAUCGCGGAAUUUAAAAGACAACUUGACGAGCACGCUGCUAAAAAUAAACUUCUGAAAGUGGAAAUGCCGGGAAAGAUUCAUUUGUGUGAUGAGGUGUGGACAUCCGAAAGUGGUUUGCUGACUGAAGCGCUGAAAUUGAAACGUAGACCACUUCAGGAGAAAUAUGAAGAUAUCAUCAGUGACUUGUAUCAAAACCAUCGUUCUGGAGAUCAUAAAUAG